GUCCUCCUGACUUCAGGGCCGGUGCUCUAUGCACUGUGCCACACAAUCAUCUAUGAACAACAAAAAUACGCAUCAUCUCCCCCUCCACGUUAGUCUUGGCGGUAUGGAUGAUGUCUUUUGAUUCGUGCAUAAACUGAAUUUAAGUGAGGCAGAGUUGCCUGGAGUCGCCAGCCUCACUCCCUCUUCCAGAGCCAUCUCGGCCCAGUGGCAGGUCAGAGUCAAGAUGUCUGGUGAUAUCUGCUCCUAGAGGCGACGGGAAGCCACCGGAGUUCAUUAUAUUCAAAGCCGCGGCAGCCUGCCACUGGGGGGCGCACGCUCUACAAAGGCCUCAGCAAACAUUAGGUCUCUUCUCGGCAGGAUGCUGGUGACGUCAUAACGGCCACGCGCACAUUCUCGCGAGGCUUCUUCUACAUGGAGGACAAAGUUUCCUGAUACUAGGCCACAGUCACGACUUUUACCUCGACCUGUUGUGGGAAGUUUCGAUGUAAGUGUGCGCUUUUCACCCUCUAUGUCCAUUCUUUCAAAUUCUGGGAACUCAGGGGUUAGAAUGAGGAGGGAGGGAGCGAAUAGAGAGGAUAACGGAACGGCCCUCAAAGGAGCCGAAUAGGACGGCUCCAAUUCCCGGAAAUCCAACUACGUACGGCACGUGCGCGGCCCUGUUUCCGGCAGCGAGGAAUUCUGGGAGUCGUAGUUCACGGCUCAGUCUGCGCAGGCGCAGUUCCCGGUGGGUCUUGCUUUCAUCCCUUUGUUUUCAGAAUAACUCGGAGCUGGACGUUGGAGGGUGAGCAGCAGCCCUUGAUGGAGUCUACACAUGCCCAGCCCGGAGCCCGCGAGCCCCCGCCUUGCAGGAAGGUAAAGGUGUUGGAGGACAAGCUUGAGGAUGCAGGAGGCCAUCCUAGGAGGAAACCUCCCUGCCCUGAGACCUUUCCCAGAGCUUUCGUGCAGACACGGAUGAGGAGGAGCUGCUGAUGCCACAGUAGUUCAACCACUCUGGCUGAGGAGACCCAGCUUGGGAAAAGUCAUCAAGGAGGUCUUGGCUGGAGGACUUGGGCCUAAUGCUUCAGGAGAGAGUUCUGUCUUCUCAAGACUCUGCCCUUCCCCAAGGAAGUAGAAUUACAGAGGAAGAAGGAAUGGCUUCCAGGUUCCUGAUGGCCAGAUGCCAGGUAUCAUUGACAUUCCAAGACGUGGCCGUGGACUUCUCACAGGAGGAGUGGGGACUGUUGGAGCCUGCUCAGAAGGACAUGUACAGGGACGUGAUGUUGGAGAACUAUGAAAACUUCAUCUCCCUUGGUCUUCCCAUUUCCAAACCCAGUAUACUUUCCCAGUUGGAGAGAAGAGAAACACCAUGGAUUGCAGAGGAAAAAGUUUCACUGAGCGCUUACCUGGGAGGACUCCUUUUGCCCGUUUUCCUUGUCUUCUGGGUGGGCGAGCAGUCUUCCCUUGAGCACUUGGCUUUGGUCCGAAGGCCCUCAGCAGACGCUCCGGGUUCCCUAGGUCAGAGGAUGGGAUGCGAAACCACUGAGUCAGCUCUAAAGCAGCGUAUUUCUACAGGAGAGUCGUCUAGCAAGAGAUUUACAAGGAAUGGUCCUCGGGAUUCUAAACUGACAGAAACUUGGAAUUAUGAUAUCAGGUUAGAAAGGCAGAAAGGCAACCAAAAGAGACAGUCCGGGCAAGUAACAGUCACUCACCAAAAAACUUCUAAUGAACCAAGUGUUCGUGAAGAUAAUGCUUUGUGGAGAAAACUCAGCCUAGGGUCAAUUUUUGAUACACAGCAGAGAGGUUCUGUAGGAAAAUACUUCUAUAAAUAUGAUAUACUUGGAAAGAACUUUAAACAGUUUUCAGAACUAAUUAAACAUAAUAAAAUUUCCUUGGGCAAGAAAAUGUCUAAGUAUAAUAAAUGCAGAAAGCCCUUCAGCUACCACUCAAACCUUAUUUAUUACCAUAGAAUACAUACUCAAGGGAAAGCAUGUAAAUGUAAUGAAUGUAGGAAAGCCUCCAACAUUAACUCAUGCCUUACUGCAAACCAAAGAAUAUACUCUGCAGAGAAGCCCUAUAAAUGUAAAGAAUGUGGGAAAGCUUUCAGUCGAAAGGGAAACCUUAAAAUACACAAGAUCAGUCAUACUGGAAAGAAACCAUUUGAAUGUAAUGAAUAUGGAAAAACCUUCAGGAAUAAUCAGUACCUAAUUCAACAUCAAACAAAUCAUGCUGAAGAGAAAUGUUUCGAAUGUAAUGAAUGUGGUAAAGGCUUCAGGAAAAGCUCAUCCCUUAUACAGCAUCAAAGAAUUCAUACUGGAGAGAAACCAUUUGAAUGCAAUGAGUGUGGGAAAGCAUUCAGCCAGAAGGGAAGCCUUAAUGCACACCAGAGAAUUCACACUGGAGAGAAACCCUAUAAAUGUAAAGAAUGUGGGCAAGCCUUCAACUGGAUGGGAAACCUGAAUACACAUAAGAAAAUUCAUACUGGGGAGAAACCCUAUAUAUGCGAUGAAUGUGGAAAAGUCUUCAGCAGGAAGGGGAGCCUCAUUGCUCAUACCCGAAUUCAUACUGGAGAAAAACCUUUUCAGUGCAAUGAAUGUGGAAUAUCUUUCAAAUGGCGUAGAUACCUUAAGGAACAUAAGAAAAUUCAUACUGGUGAGAAACACCUUGAAUGUAAUCAGUGUGGGAAAGGUUUGAGGAAGACCUCAUCCCUUAUGCAACAUCAAAGAAUUCAUAAUGGAGAAAAACCUUAUAAGUGUAAUGAAUGUGGAAAUUCUUUCAACCGGAAGGAACAUCUUAAAACACAUAAAAUAAUUCAUACUGGAGAGAAACCAUUUGAAUGUAGUGAAUGUGGGAAAGCCUUCAACCAGAAGGGAAGCCUUAAUAUACAUCAAAGAAUUCAUACUGGCGAGAAACCGUAUAAGUGUAAAGAGUGUGGAAAAGCCUUCAGAUGGAAGGGAAAUCUCAAUACACAUGAGAAAACUCACACUGGAGUGAAACCCUAUAAAUGUAAUGAAUGUGGGAAAUCCUUCAGCCGGAAGGGAAACCUUAAUGCACAUAACAGAAUUCACACUGGAGAGAAACCUUUCCAGUGUAAUGAAUGUGGGAUAUCUUUCAAAUGACCUACAUACGUUGUUGACCAUAAGACAUCUUGUGCUGGUGAGAAAUCCUUUGGUUAAUGUGUUUGGGAAAGCCUCGAGAGGAAUACCUUGCAGAUCAAAUAGUUGUUUCUGGGGAGAAUCUCCAUAAAUGUAAUUCAUUCCUCAUCAGAGACUUCAUGUUAGAGGUGAACUAUAGGGUUGUUAUAACGGAGAGAUGUCAAAUCCAUCAUUUAUUAAAUUGUGAAUAGUCAA